AAGCAAACAAUAUCAAAUGAAAAAGAAAUCGCAAAAGUUCAUAUAAAUGGCAGCACUAUAAUCGCACCACCGGAAACAUCGAUUUCUUCAAAUCGUUCGCGAAAACAUUGAGUAGAGUGAUUGUGAGAUUGGAAAGUUGGAUAGAUAGUUUGUAUAACUCCCACUGGGGAAGCUAUGGUGAAGGAAACAGAGUACUAUGACAUCUUAGGGGUUAACGUGGAUGCCAGUGCUGCUGAAAUUAAGAAAGCAUACUAUGUCAAGGCAAGGGCAGUACACCCAGACAAAAAUCCUGGGGAUCCAAAAGCUGCUAACAAUUUCCAGGAGCUUGGAGAGGCUUAUCAGGUCCUGAGUGAUCCUGAGAAGCGUGAAGCAUAUGACAAAAAUGGGAAAGAUGGAGUGCAGGAGGAAGCAAUGCUAGACCCUGCAGCUGUUUUUGGAAUGCUAUUUGGAAGUGAUUUCUUUGAAGACUAUGUGGGGCAACUUUUAUUGGCUUCUUUGUCAGUUGUUGAAGCUGAACAGGACUCUACUGAUCCUGAAACCCGAAAUAAGAAAGUUGCAGAAAAGAUGAAGGCAUUGCAGAAGGAAAGGGAAGACAAGCUUGUGAAGAUUCUAAUAGAUCGUCUUCACCCAUUUGUUGAAGGCCAUAUAGAAGAGUUUGUGGAUUGGGCAACAUCAGAAGCAAGUCGUCUAUCUCUAGCUGCUUUUGGUGAGGCUAUGCUACAUACCAUUGGUUACAUUUACACUAGGCAAGCUGCCAGAGAACUUGGGAAGGAUAAGCGCUACAUGAAGGUGCCAUUUUUAGCAGAGUGGGUUCGAGAUAAAGGACACCGUGUUAAGUCACAAGUUAUGGCUGCUUCAGGCGCCGUGAAUUUGCUUCAAAUACAAGAGGAUAUAAAGAAGUCAUGUGAAGGAGAGAAUGCCCAAGAAGCUAUGCUCAAAGCUCUGAAGGAAAAGAGAGAUGUUAUGCUUAACUCCUUAUGGCAGAUUAAUGUUGUUGAUAUUGAGACAACAUUAUCUCGUGUUUGUCAAGCAGUCCUUAGAGACUCCACAGUUUCCAAGGAUGUUAUCAGGCAGCGGGCUAGAGGAAUGAGAAAGCUGGGAGCAAUCUUUCAAGUAGGGUGCAAAGGGAAUUUACAGCAGAGAUAGUAGCUUGCGCCAUGAAGCCUUGAUCACCGUUGAUAGGGGUGCAUCCUCGAACCAAAGAUAAUUUUUUCUUGAUGAGCCAGUUGAUGUUUGGUUUCUGCUUUGCUACUGUAGAGAUAAAAAUGGUUGGUAUCACCUUAAGUGCUUCAUAUAUAUGAUAAUUCUACGGCAAGGCAGACAUCUUCAGUUGUAUGCAGUUUUGUUUGCUUAAUCAUUUGUUUCACAUUCUUAAAUUUUGUAUGAAUGUAUAUUACAGUGUCCAAUUAAAUUUUGAUAAA